AUGGUUGUAUUAACCGAAUGGGAUAAAUGCGUAGUCAAAGAUAAAUAUAGUGAUGAUGAUGAUACUAAAAAGAAAAUUAUCAAAGCUGGAUUCUACGAGAUGCAAAAGAUAAUUCCAGAGGAGCAACAAGACUGUAGACCCGGCGAUGCGGGCGAUGCGAAGGAACCUUUACGUAUACAAUACACGGCGGCGACAGGAACAAUCAUAUCAAUUUCUGCCCCAAUUAUUUCUUGCAGCGGGACCUCGAAGGAGCGAUUGCUUCGGCCAUGGGUAGCGGGAACACCAGAGACGUGCUGGGACAGUAUACAAACAGAGCGGGCCCAUGAGCUCAUGCAUGUUAGCUGGAUCGGCAAAGUCUCAGUCAAAACUGCUAAUUAUAUGACCGAUGAGACAUAUUGGAACCACGGGGAAGGAAAGUCAUUUAAGGCUUAUACGCCCACCCAGGUGAAAUAUCUAGCAUAUUCCGAAGGGGAACCAUUUUAUGCUGCUGCGAAUAACCCGCAGAACUAUGCGAAUUUGGCGAUGACCCAAUAUAUGAUGAGAACUAAGGGUUUCUACAUGGCUGCUUUAGUGAUGCCAAUGUCCUCAACAGAUCAGGCCCAGUGUGGGACACAAGGGAAGAUCCACCUACACUUGGAAACCAAGACAUGCUUCAUGACCCGGAUGAGUUCGGCACAUUUCGCUGCUAAGUAUCAUUUUACGGGAACACCGGAGCCUCCUGCUCCACUGCCCACUGCGGGAAAAGUUCUAACAUCAAGCAUUGUAUUGGAAAUACCUCCGUCUCGCCACUGGGUUGAUUAG